UCUCGGAUAAUCCGUGACAGGCUGUAUUGCAAUUGAAGAAGAGAGGGCACAGUUUUCUCUUUUACACAUCAAUUUUGUUCAUUGCAUGCGUAAUGGCGGAGUUUGAAAGCAAACUUAAAGAUCUUAUUAUAAAAUUACACGAGAUCGAGGCUGUGAAAUUUGGCUUGUUUAAAAUGAAAUCUGGUAUAGAUUCUCCUGUUUACAUCGAUCUGAGAAGUAUUAUAUCCUAUCCGGCAAUUUUGGAAACUGUUGCAGAAUUGCUGUGGGAAUUUGCUAUAAAAGACAUAGAUUGCAAUCAGCUAUGUGGUGUGCCAUAUGCAGCAAUGCCAAUUGCUACUCUUAUAUCUUCAUAUUCAAAAACUCCGAUGGUUAUUCGCCGCAAAGAGGCAAAAAAGUAUGGCACCAAGAAACUGAUUGAGGGAAAAUUCAGUCCAGGUGAUAAGUGUGUCAUUGUUGAAGAUGUUGUCACAAGUGGCUCCAGCAUUUUGGAAACGAUCAUGGACCUGCAAUCUGAAGGGCUACGUGUGACCUCUGCUGUUGUUGUAGUGGAUCGUGAGCAAGGAGGCAAUUACAAUCUUUCAGAGAAAGGUGUCACCAUGCAUAGCCUAUGUACCCUCUCCCAGAUUCUACAAGUUCUAAAAGAUGCUGGACGAGUAAACCAAGAGAUAGUGGACAGUGUGAAGAAGUACCUUGCAGCAAGCCAGAUACACCUUGAUAGCACAUUCUUCACAGCACAACCCCUCACAGAGAGUGUGAAACCAUCCAGAUUGUCUUUGCCAUUCAGUGUACGGGCAGAUCAAGCAACUAAUCCUGUAGCAGCAAAAUUGCUGAAAAUAAUGGUGGCUAAGCAGAGUAACUUAUGUGUAGCAGCUGAUGUGACAAGUGCUUCCAAGUUGAUAGCUUUAGCUGAGACUGUAGGUCCAUAUGUAUGCCUCUUCAAGACCCAUAUUGAUAUAGUGGAAGACUUCUCAGCUCAGCUCAUCCAACAAUUACUUGCUGCAGCUCAGAAACAUAAUUUCCUCUUGAUUGAGGAUAGAAAAUUUGCUGAUAUCGGUCACACUGUGAGUCUGCAGUAUUCACAUGGGACCUACAAAAUCUGUUCUUGGGCUGAUCUUGUGACAGUCCAUCCAGUACCAGGCGAAGGUGUGAUAACAGGAUUGAAAUCUGCUGUUGCUGAUCUCCAUCGAGGUUGUUUUAUAGUUGUGGAGAUGAGCUCUGCUGGGAAUCUUACCACACCCAGUUAUAUUUCUUCCUCGAUGGAAAUAUGUAAGAAGCAUCCAGACUUUGUGGUUGGUGUGGUAUGUCAGACUCCCAGCACUCUUAAUAAUCCUGGAUUGCUGCAGUUGACACCUGGUGUAAGUUUGGAUUGCCAGAAUGAUGGGGAGUUGGGACAACAAUAUAACUCCCCAGAAGAUGUCAUAAUGCUUCGAGGUGCAGAUAUUGCUGUUGUUGGCAGGGGAAUUGUGCAAGCUGCAGAUCCUGUACAGGCUGCACAGGAAUAUCGUACCAAACUUUGGGCUGCUUAUGAGAAGAGAGUCAGUUCUCUGAAGUUGGCAUAAGCAGAGACUUUCCAUACAGAAGGAUGGUGACUUUAAUUCAUUGAUUCUAAUUUUUAUUAUUCUUUCUUCUGAGGUUUAUGUUUAUUAGACCUGUUACAAGGUUACAAAGACUGUUCGAACCAUCUCGUGUGUGGUCUUCCUAAAUCAUCUUAAUUGGUAAUGUGUAGUCUGGCAACUGGUGAUCAUGACUUCUCCACUUCUGGUGCUCGCUAGUGUCGUCAGUCAUUUUGUUAAUCUCAAAUUCCUUACAUCCUGCUUUUAUUACAUAUCCAAAUUCCUGACCUUCCAUAGACUGACUUCACUUUAAUUGUUAAAUAUCUUCUUUUCUCACACUGGGUUAUGUAAGAUUAAUUUAUUAGGAUUACAUACUGAAGUGUGUGCGUGCAUGCGCGCACACACAGGGAUUUUUGAGAAUAUUAUUUUUUGUGUCCUCAUUUUAAAUAAGCAUGUGACCCUUAAUCAUCUCUUGCAACACUCUUAUAUGAUCCAUGAAAUGCUGAUUUAGAUUUAGAAUCUACAUUCAGUGUUAUGUACUGAAACUUACUCUUGAGCCAGGAUAGUUCAGUCAGUAUAGUGACUACCUACGGGCUGGACGACGGGUUCAAUCCCUGGUGGGGGCAGAGAUUUUUUCCUGUAGACUCUGCAUCCAGAUGCUCUGGGGUCCGCCCAGCCUCCUAUACAAUGGGUACCAGGGGUAAAGUGUGGCCGGGGCGUGGUGCUGGCCACUCACCAUCUAGUGCCAGUGUGAAGAAUGAGUAGGAGCUAUUAUCUCCUCUCCUUCCAAGUGACCUACGUGGAAUGUGGCAGGACUGCUUUACUUUUUUUAUUGAAACUUGAGUGUAAAUGCUUCAUUACUGACAGUGAGGAAGAAACUAUGUAGCAGUUAUAUUUAGUUCAAGUUGAUACGAGGUGCGAUCGGAAAGUUUC